UGAAGCUCUCAUAUAUAAACCGCAACACAAUACGGAGGAGUAUUACGACUUGCUUCAACAGCAAACAAGCUUCUUCACAUUUCUCGUCCACCAGUUGAAGUCAAUCAAACCAAUCUUCACUAUGAAGGGUUACCAGCUGUUCACCAUAUUGGUUCUUCUUGCCAUCGGCAGUGAGUUGGCCUCUGGUGACUGUAAAUCCGGAAGGUAUAAGGGUCCCUGUGCAGUUUGGGAUAACGAAACAUGCCGUAGGGUUUGCAAAGAAGAGGGUGGUGGACGUGUUAGCGGACAUUGCAGCUCCAGGUUACAAUGUUGGUGUGAAGGCUGUUAACAACUUCGCCUACGGUGAUAUUCUGUUAACGUUCACAGUAUUUUCUGGAAUAUUCAUCCCAUCCGAUAAUGUUUGUUGCUAAACCACAUUUUUCGGAAGUAUUCAUUUGUUAGAGUAUCCCUUUACCGUCAAUGAUGAGUAUUUAUGCAUAUCUUCCAUCAUUUACCAUUCACAGAAACUACAAAGUUAUGACGUUAACAGAAUAUUUAUCACUUUCUCAGCUGUAUUAUUUUGACGCGGCUUAAAAAUGUACAUCGAAUAUAGUUACAUAGAAUGACAAUAUGCAUUGAAAAAAUAUGUAGGUAUUGAUUUUCAAGUUGCUUUGUUGCUAUUGGCAUUAUUGUUGGAUUCUGUUGCAUUGUAUUACUUGUUAAAAAAGAAAUGUUAUUUGUUGUAUUGUUAAACCUUAAGCUUUUAUUAUGAAAAAUAAAAUUUAUCUUUAGCCUA